AGGCGUUGUUGGCUACACUGCAAGCACAAGGUUAUGGAAAUCACGAUCAUAUGACUCGAUGGUGCUCUGCUGCAAGGGGCAGGGCUGGAGGUAGAGAGCAGAAGUUGGAUUGCAGCAUCUCAGUGUGUAGUUAAGUAAACCGUGUGGUGAAGUCGUUAUUUUGAAACAGUAUGGGAGCUUCCGCGGUACCUGUUAUAAUUUUCACAAUUCUGUGGGGUGUAGUGGGUAUAGUUUUACCGUUUGUUGUGCCGAAGGGACCAAAUCGAGGUUGGUUGUGCUGUUACAUGGCCCAAAUGAAUCCUCUUAUUGGGCCCAAAUUAUCUAAUGGGAAACAAAAUCCCAGACUUAGUGAAGCCUUAAAAUUUGGAAAGACUAAUUUAAAGUAAUGGAAAAAUAAGUGUGUUGAAAGGUGUACUUUGUUUUGGUGGGGAGGUUAAUGUGAGUCAAUGUAAAAUCAGUGAAAUAUUUUCUAGGAAAAUAUGAUCCAGAAGAAUGUCUUUUCGAAACUUGUCUCUGAAAUAUGAAUCAUGGGGAAAAUGUCUGUAGAAUCUUUAAAGUAUUAAUUUCAUGCAUGAAACCUGUGUAUGCACAGAAAGAAAACUAAUACACAAGACCAGCAAAAAAGAUGCUCAAAUUAAAGGAGUAUCUUCUAAAAAUGUUUGUUAGAUUUGGUGUAGGAAAUAAGUGUUGUAUUCUUUAUUGGCUGUAAUUAUCACAGGUUUUAUUGCCUUGCUAGUUGUUGAAAUCCUAAAUGAAUUUUGUGAUGUUGGUUUAUUGUGAAAUUUGUAUUGAUUUGCAGUUGGAAACCAGAAUGUACUUUUGGCCAGAAAUUAAAAGGAGGAAUGAUAAAAUUAUAUAAAAAACAUGUUAUGAAUUAUUUUAUAUGUAUACUUUGUAGAGUAUUUGUGAAAUUUAAUUAUAAACUUUAAUGUUAAAUGCAAAUCAUAAUGUAAUUUUGAACAGAUUUUUUUUUUUUUUUUGUUCUGAUCUUAAGAAGAAUUCACGUUGUGCUCAAAACACAUUCCAGUCCAUUGAGAUUUUUUAUUAUUUUUAAUGGUGUGGAUUUCUUGUGUUGAAUAAAAUAAUUAAUGUAUAUUGGAGUUAUGGGUAUCUUGUAGAAAGUAGUUAGUUCCCAUGCCUAUAUGGGAAGUCUGUAUGUACUUGUAUAAAAAGUAAUUUUCAUGUGACAUUGCUAAUGAAGGUGUUCAGGUAUGUUCCAGUGUACUGGUAAGCAUUUUUUUGUGUAAUAUGACAAACAUAAAACACAUUUUUUAGUAUUAACUCUGGUAAUGUAUAGAGAUCAGUUUUAACAUUUAGAGAACUGUUAUAUUGUUCCUUUUAAGUUAAAAAUUAUAUGUAUUUAUUUUAGCCUAGUAAAUAAAUGUAAAUGCUUAACUAUAUUUCCAAAAAUUGAUUAUAUUCUGGGAAGAUCAAUUGAAUAUCUCGGAAAAAAAAGAAUUUGUUCAAAAAUCAAAUUUGUGUGAAAUGAGAAAAAAAGUUCACUUUCCUAUCUCUGCAAGAUGUAGGGAAUUUAAUAUUAUACAGGAAUACGUUCACAUAGCUUGAAACAUAAAAUGCAGUUGUGAGUAAAUAAAACAAUUUCACAAGUUACAACAAAAAAAUGGAAAUAUGUUAUAGCUUGAAAAAUUGCAGAUUGCAUAAAUAUAACAUUUGCUAUUAUGCAUAUAUAAGCACAGCAAGGUACCAGAAACUUGCGAAAAUUAAAUUAUAUGUCGCUUAUUUCACAUGUUAUGCACUGCAUACAUAAAAACAAUUGGAAAUUCCAAUGAACACAUUUCAAAGGGAUUUUUAAUGUUUUCUAGAUUAACUCUAACCUGCAAUAAACACUAUUGAAAUACUGAAAAGAACUGUUGGAAGCUGAUCAUUCAUCACACGCUGUUAUCUUCAUUUUUUUUCUUCACUCUUUUUCUUUGUCACUUUCGGCUGAAUCAAUAUUAUCCUCUAAUGCAUAAGUUCCCUCUUCAAAAUGGUAGCAGUAACUCGCAUUUUCUCAAUUUUGGACUAAAGAUUUUCCGUGAAGCACUUUGCCACCCAAGAGUAUUAAUGGAUCUCCCAUUCAAAUGAGACUGUAAAUACUAACCUUCAGUUUGAAAUUUGUCUAUUUCGGGUGAAAAGCAUAAUUAUGUUCAAUGUCAUCCUUUUUUGAAAGAAGUGUAACUAAGUUUUAUAUUAAUUUUUUUUAUUAUAUAAAUUUAUUCCUAGAAAUUGAACAUUUUUUAGGUGUUCCUUUUUCUUUUCACGGGAAUUCGAAAUUAGUGAUAAUGACCUCAAAAUUUGCCUGCACACUGAGUAUUCUUGUCUUAAGUGUAUUCCAUAUUUGCUUAGCUGAGGACCGCCUCAAGUAAUGGAUAAAUAUUACUGGGACCGUUGUGGCACACCCUGACAGCAAAUAUGGGAAUCAAAAUUUAUUGGCAAUACUGGAAGGCUAUAGAAUGCCAAAUAAAAAAUGCUCAGCUGACGUUUCAACCAGUGAAUUGAACUGAAAGUGCCUGGUCAUUACAAACAAACCCUUUCAUAAACUCACGAGUUAGAAAUAUAAAGUUAAUUUUAUAAAGGACAAUCCAAAAUGAGUCAUGAAAUAGCAGCUGCGGAGGAACAAUUUAAAGGAGUCAACCAACAAAAAGAUUGGACCAGGGACAUCUUGGCAAUGAUUUAGGGACUACUAGAUCAAAAAAAUUGGUCAUGAAGCAUAUCCCUAAAGAGUUGAUGAAAAAACAUUGGUACAUUUGCACCUUUUGCAAACUUUGAUACCAUGCAGAUUUUUUUGUAAGAAUCCAAUCCCAAUCAUAAAAGCUGACAACAUAUAUGUUGAACCAUUUUCAAAUAUGCUUUGUAUUCUUAAAAUAAAAGUUGGCAUUGAUUAUUACAAACAUCAUGUAUUUAUGUUAACAAGGUAUAAAGCCGAUAAAAUGUGAUGUAUGGAAGAUUAUGCAACCAUCCUCCUCUUUUAGUGAUCAUAUAUGAAACAAUUAUUACUUCAGUAGUGACAAAUUGUUUGUAAAUGACAAAGAUAAGCGGUUUUGGCAAGUUUAUUGUUGAAAAAUGAAUAUCUUUCCAAUUAAUGUGUGCACGUCAAUAAAAUAGCACUAUAAUUGACUGAUAUGUUAUAAAAAGUGUAGGUGGUAUUUAUUGUCUAAUAAUAAACCUUUGUAUAAUUACAAAAAAUAAGGAAGUGUCUUCAAAGCAAAUAACUAUUGAAUGUAAUUUUUAGGUAGUGUCACCCUGUUUUAUGCUUAACCUAUGAUAGAGCAAUCUACUUGAGAUUAUUUUUCUGAAAGUGUUGUAUUGUAAAACAGGGCAACUUUGAAUAUUUAUAUUUGUAAAUGUUUCAAUUGACCUUCCUCUUGAUUUUGUUUUGACUAGUAUACAGGUUAUUUAUUUUCCUAUUAUAUUGAACCACUUCUACAACAUUCCUUCUAUUAUAGACAUUCAUACUUUAAAUAAACAUCUUUCAAGUAAUGAAACUGAUCUUAAAUUGUGGAAUUUGUUAUAAUAUGCUCUAGCGAUGUUUUGGGUCUCAGGUUUAGCAUACUAGGUCGCAUUAAUUUAGUUCAUCCUUAAGGAAAGCUUACAAAUUAUUUGUGAUUAGAUCAGUAUUGAAUAAAAUUGUUGUAUUUCCGAUAUACUGAUGUUGUAAUAAAUAUUUUAUUUCUCCAUAACAAUCACAUUGAUGCUAUUUGCGUUUUCAUCAGAAAUUGUACUUUUUUCAAUCUAUUCUUUGUCAUUGUAAAAAUCAAGGGACGUUGUUGGUAUUGUGAAAAAUCUAAAUUUUAUUUCAUUGGUAGCUUUAAUAGGCUUGUUUUCCAAUAUUUAAGAGCUCUCUAAAAACUUUUCCAGUGACUUCAUUGGCUCCACAAGAUGAUUCUGUCUAGCCAACUGUAGAAGUGAAUAGCACUUGGGUGGUGACCUUGUACACCAUUAUUGCAAAAUUAUAAGAACCAAACCUGACUAGAAUAAAAUAUCUCAGAAUCAGAACUCUUUGGUAGAGACUGGUUCUGUUUCAUGUCAAAAAAAAAAA